AUGCUACAGCAGGUUGGUCGAAAGAUUUUGGCCACUGGAAAACAACUUAUGAAGUGGCACACCACUGAGUUUGAGAGGCAGAAAGUGGAAUUGAGGGAGAUUCGGGAGAAAUUGGCGGAUAUAAUGCGGCAACCUUUUGCUCCAGAACAAGGGCUUGUGAAUGAUGUGGGUAUUUGGCAAAGUGAUCCUACUGUUGUUCAAGGCAUGUUGCCCUAUACAGAUGCUGAAAUUAAGCGUGCAUUAUUUCAAAUGCAUCCUUCUAAAAGCCCGGGGCCUGGUGGUAUGUCUCCUUUCUUCUAUCAAAAAUAUUGGCAUAUUGUUGGUUUUGAUGUUUGUGUUGCAAUUCGAAAUUUUUUGGAAAAAGGAGAUAUUUGGGCAGCUUCCAACUUCACUCAUCUUUUCCUUAUUCUGAAAGUCAAGAAUCCCACUGUUGCCUCUCAUUUUAGACUUAUCGCACUCUGUAAUGUUCUGUACAGAAUAAGUUCCAAGGUCAUUGCCAACAGGUUAAAGAAGUGGUUACCGGAGAUUAUUUCUCCCCUACAAAGUGUGUAUGUCCUAGGACGAUUGAUAUCAGACAACACUUUGGUUGCAACUGAGGCUGCACACUUUAUGUAUAAACUGCGGACUCAAAAUGAAGGCUUCUUCUCUCUCAAGUUAGACAUCUCAAAAGCAUAUGACCGGCUAGAGUGGACCUUCUUAAGAACUAUGUUAACCAAGUUGGGUUUUGAUGUGAGGUGGAUCAAUAUAAUUAUGAAAUGUGUGGAGUCUGUUACCUAUGCCAUCCUGGUUAAUGGUGAACAAACUGAGAUAAUUACUCCGACACGAGGGAUAAGGCAGGGUGAUCCACUCUCUCCAUACCUAUUCAUCUUAUGUGUUGAAGGGUUUUCAGCUCUUCUUUCUCAAGCAGUUGAUGUAGGUGCUAUUCAAGGUUUGAAGAUGUGUCCUGAAGCCCCUACACUACAUCAUUUGUUCUUUGCGGAUGAUAGUUUUCUUUUUGGAGCUGCAACGAUUCACGAAUGUCAGACUAUUCGUGAAAUUCUAAAUAUCUAUGCAAAAGCUUCGGGAGAGAAAAUUAAUUUUCAGAAAAGUAGUAUGGUUUUUAGCAAAAAUGUGCCUAUUGCUAUGCAAAUUAGCAUGGCAACUAUUCUUGCAGUACAGAGAGUAGAAGAGCAUGAUAGAUACCUGGGUUUACCGCUACAUGUAGGCAAAUCCAAGACCGAAAAGUUUCAUUACAUCAAAGAGAAGUUGACGAAGAAACUGGUUAAUUGGAAAUCAAAGAUCCUAAGCAGUGCAGAAUUAGGAGAUGCCCCUUCUUUCUCUUGGAGGAGUAUUCUUGCAGGGAGACCGGUGCUCAAAGCAGGGGUUAAAUGGAGAGCGGGGGAUGGAGUGAGCAUAAAUGUGUGGCAUGAUGAUUGGAUCCCUAACUGUCCACAGUACCAAAUUCAAAGACCUACAAAUUGCCAGGUUGAAAAAGUUACUGAUUUAAUUGACUUCAAUGAGCGUUCUUGGAUCAUUGGCUCGGUGAGUACUCUUUUUCCCCCUGAGAUGGUUGAACAUAUUUUAUCUAUUCCUCUAGCUCGACGUCCUGUUAGGGACAGAUUGUAUUGGAGACCAAAACGUAGGGGUCUUUUUACAGUUAAGACAGCCUACUGGGUGGCCAGGGAGCAUGUACUAGGUGAUGUGCUGGCUACUACAUCAAAGGGGAUUCGUUUAAUGAACUUUGGAGAAGACUUUGGAAAGCCAAGGUGCCAAGGUGUUUGGAGGGCAUGUAACAACUUGUUACCUACAAGAGACCGGCUUCUUACAAAGGGCUAUGAGGGAGACUCAAGAUGCUUGUUGUGUAGGCAUCCAUUAGAAGACACUGCACAUCUCUUUUGUAAGUGUCCGGUUGCUGUUGAAUUCUUCUCUACUCCUCCUUUUCAUCUUCAGAAUUCCUUUCUACUUAAUGUAGUUUUUAAGGAAUGGAUGUUAGAAAGAGCUUUACACUUGCAAGCUGAGGUGUUUGAGAGGCUUCAGAUGGGUAUUUGGUCGAUUUGGAAGAACAGAAAUAGUAUGUUAUGGGACAAUACCUCAAGACCAGCUGCUGAUCUUUUCCUAAGUGCCAUGACUUGGCUAGAUGAGUUUUAA